CCAACCAUGGUCCUUCCUCUACCACCCGAGCUCACCGACCGUAUCAUCGACUAUCUGCACAAGGACACCCAUUCUCUUCGUGCAUGUGCUCUUGCUUGUCGCACCUGGUUGCCCGCGGCUCGCUACCAUCGCUUUCGUGUGAUUACAGUCGAGAACUCCGGUGGAGGCAAGUUCACAACAUUUGAAAAGCUCCUAGCUUCUUCGCCGGCCAUAGGCCUCAUCGUGGAAACGCUACGGAUAUCGUUCUCCACCUACAAACGACUCUCUGCUUUGCCCUCGCUUCCGGCCGUCAGCCUGCUCGCCCUUCAUGAUAUCGACUUCGACCAGCUGGCCAUGAGCGAUGUUGCAACUGUCGGCGCUAAGCUCCCUGCCUUGCGCCGGCUGGCCAUCGCACUCAGCAGUCUGCCUUGGGAUGCGCUGGCAGGGCUACUAUCUUCUUUCACUGGUCUCGAAACCCUUUCAAUACUCCAGAUCAAUGGUGUGGGACCCGUGUUGAGCUCCUCUCCCGUCGUCGGGCGUUUAGACACUCUGCACACUCUGCAGUUGCAUGGCAGACCGGGGAACAUUAUGCCUUGGCUCCUCCAAACGCUCGAUCUCAUUCGUGUUUCCCACCCGCGGUUUGUCCAAUGCCUAGUCGACGCUUUUGGUUCGCGUGGUUUGAAACAUCUGAGCCUUGAUCUGUACUGUCCUGAGGCCAGCUGUUACGCGUCGCAAGAUACUGGGCAAACGGACUCGGAUCUGCUAUGGUCCAGCGUACUCAUAUCCCAACUCCACUCUCCUUUCCUCGAAACGAUCACUUUGACGAUAGAUGCCCCACUCUUGGAUCUGGAUGUCCCGUCCAGGCGGUUUGAUACCCUUCGAGCGUUGGAUUGGCCAAACAUUAAUCGCACGCUCGAACGUCUGUUUUCCAAGGAUCUACGGGUGUUCAACAUAUAUGGUCGAGGUCCCAAAGGAUCUUGGAGGCCAGUCUGGAGGAGAGUUGUAGAAUGUGUACGACGAGGAUUAUUCCGUUUGAUAGAAGCAUAGUGCACGGCUCAAUGUGUUGAGUCUUGUGUUGCGCAGCUGUUUGUUUCGUUCGCAGCUGUUUGGUUCUCGUUUCAUCCAAAUCCAUGCUAUCUGGGCAACCCUGGACAUGUUCAUGACGAGCCUCAUCCAAUAUUCUGCUCACACGCG